AUGAAGCUUCUCUCCGCUGCAUUUGCCGCAUUCGCGCUACUCGCUGCCACCACUGACGGUUCGACGAUGCUGCGCCAGGAAGCGGAAAACAAGCACCACAAGCAUCACCAAGUGCAAAACAGCGCCACCAGUAGUGGUAGUAACAAUCAACAGCAGCAGCAACAACAGCAACAGCAACAGCAACAAAGCACGAAUAGUGGUAGCAACAAUGCUCAGCAGCAAACGCAAACCAGCACCACAAGUAGUGGCAGCAGCACCCAACAGCAACAGCAAAGCAGCUAUGCCAGCAGUGCUGGUGGCGCCGGGUCACCGACCGGCACCGUCACUGCCAGCAGCGGCUGCACCCUCACCGGCACCUACAAGUCCGGCACCGACAUCUCGUCUUGUGCCGCCGUCAUCAUCGAUUCGCUCACCGUUCCGGCCGGAGUCACGCUUGACUUGACCAAGACGAAGAGCGGAGCCACCAUCGAGUUUACCGGUACCACCACCUUCGGGACGAAGACGUGGGAAGGCCCGCUCGUGCUUCUAAGCGGAAGUGAUCUUACUGUCAAGGGGUCCGGCACACUCGACGGCCAGGGUGCCUGGUACUGGAAGCAGGGCACGUCCAUCAGUCGCCCCGUCUUCUUCCGUCUUCACGCCGUCACGGGUUCCACGCUCUCGGGUUUCACGCUCAAGAAUUCUCCCUUCCGCACCUUCAGUAUCCUCAACUCCGAGAAAACCACCAUCAGUGGACUCAUGCUCGACUCCAGCGCUGGUGACGGGACCGCUAAGAACACGGACGGCUUCGACCUCAGCCGAAACGACGGCGUCACCAUCACCGGCAACAAGAUCUACAACCAGGACGACUGUCUCGCCAUGCAGUCCAGCACCAACACCGUCUUCAGUAACAACUACUGCAGCGGCGGCCACGGCAUUUCGAUCGGCUCGCUGGGCGGAGACUCCGUCACGUCAUCUGACACUGUCUCGGGUCUCACGGUGACUGGCAACAGUAUCAUCAACAGCGUUAAUGGUAUCCGCAUCAAGACGAUCAUCGGUCUCAAGGGUCUCGUCUCCAACGUCAAGUACACUAACAACAAACUGUCGAACGUCAAGAACGCCAUCGUGAUCCACUCAGACUACAGCAAGUCCAAGGGAGGCUACACAGGUUCGGCCACUAGCGAGGUGGCCAUCCAGGGCGUGACAAUCUCGGGUCUGUCGGGUACGGCCACCAACCUGUACGACGUCGUGGCCAACGCGAAUGUGGUGUCGGACUGGACGUUCUCGGGCGUCACGGUGAGUGCGUCGUCGAAGGGCUCGUGCAGCGGCCAACCGAGCUCCAUCACAUGCUAAAGGACGCUGCAAACUACUGUACUGUGCCAGUGGUGUUACUUGUGUGUGUUAGAUCCAUGUGAUAUGGACCAUUUUCAUGUCAACCAAGAUAAAUUUGAUGUACAUGUGCAUGCUUUGUCCGAGGAUGCUUUGUCUAUUGUCCUGGGUUGUAUCCAAAUAAUAUCUCAGCUCC